AUGCGGCAGGUAGUCGCACAGGCACUGGAGCACAGCGGGUUUAGGAAGGGCGACGUUCUGUUCUGGGCAAUUCACCCCGGGGGGCGCAGGAUACUGGAGGCUGUGGAGCACGGGUUGGGAAUUGACAGGAGCAAGACGACAUGGUCCUGGGAGGUGCUACAGGAAAAUGGCAACAUGCUGGGGCCGUCCGUCUUCUUCGUAUUGAAGAAGAUGCUUGGUGCGAUGAAGCCGGAUGGGCAAUUUGGAACCCCAGAGGGCAAGCUGGGUGUGGCGCUGUCCUUCGCCCCUGGGGUCAGGGCAGAGGGCUUUGUCUUCAGGGUCAUGCCCAAGAGGUGUGAACUCAAAUCCAACUGA